AUGGGAGCUGUUCCCACGGAUGCUGUAGUCGACAAGCGAGAGACACUUCUAGACGAGUGGAAGCACGAGGCUCGCAAAGUCCAGCAGGGAUACUUCCUGCUCCUCGGUGACCGGCUGUGGGACGAUAUCGGACCCGGGGAAGAGAUCGUCUUGAGACGGAAAAUAGGAUUCGGCUUGCACGGUCCCCCUUUCGUAUUGCCUUCGGACGCGAACAAGCAUACCGGUUACGAGGGGGAGAAGCUCGAGCUUAUAGAUGAGAUAAGCAAUAAGCUCACGCAACCGAACAAAUUCAGCAGCGAAGGAAUCCACUUCGCCUGCAUCUACAUCCUCGCCUGCUUCGACGAGAAGAGCCAUACGAUACCGCUUUUCAAGGCGAAAGCCGCGAAGACCGAAUCGGACUCAUGCAUGUUCGUGGACACUUGCGCCAGGGUCUAUAGCAGCUGGGACGACUGGGUGAACAACGAGAAACUACCGGCGUGCACCUAUUGCGCCCCCAUGGGGGGCUCUUACGUAGCAGAUCCCGAGAAUGAAGUCAUGCUUUCAUAUUCUGAGUCCUUAGCCACCUCGGUUGGCGCCAAAGUUGUGAAUGCCCUCGACGAUACGACAUCGGCCAUAUCCUGGGCGGCCACAGGCUUAUUCCUCGCGUCUUUUUUCGUCCCGAUAGCCAGGCCGCUUGCCACUGCUCUGAAAAUGACAGCCGGUACCGCCACGGUUUAUGGGGCUGGUCGAGGUAUCCAGGGACUGGUAGAUCGCGGCAAGCACGGCCAGACAAUCAAUGUGGCGGACAGGGAUGCACGUGAGCACUGGCUAGACAUCUUCGGGGGCGCGAUGAGCGCAGGUGUGGGGCUCGUCGUGAAGAUAAGCCGGAAAGGUCGACUCUACUUCCGCAACGCAAAGACCGGAAACGUCACUAUCAGUGGUCUCGGAAUAGCACAUGGCUUGGAGCAUCUGGCGGACAAAAUUGAGAAGGGUGAGCUGAGCUCGUUAGACAUUUUCCAGUUCACGGCGACAGUGCUUUUUUUCUCGCAUGCGGCCUUGAGUCUCUCGAUAGCCAGAAGUUUCGCAGAAAAGAAACUUUCCGUUCGUCAAGUACUAAGUCAGAAAGUUGAUUUUGGAAAGAGCCAAGAAGACUUCUCGAUUGCUUCGGACACGGGGCCGCGCAGCAAUGGCAGGCUCGAGCAGGUAGCGCCGAAUGAAAUCCCGAGAAAAAAGCAAGUUGUCAGGAGCUUGCGGACCAUCGAGAAUGAGCGUCAACUGUAUGAUAUACUGGUGGACAAAAGUGAUGACAAAUAA